GGAGAGCAGGCGGAGAGACAAGCAGCAGCAGCAGCAGCAGCAGGAGGAGGUGGUGUUGGAGGAGGUGGAGGAGCUUCACCUUCUGGAACAAACAGGAAGCAAGACAACGCUCCGACCUGUCCACCUGCGAGAUCUGCGCAAACAGCGCGCCGUGGCACAGCUGUGGGCCGAAUGACACACACACACACACACACACACACAUGCUGCUUGUAUGUGAAACUAGUCAGUCUGUCGUGAAGAGAGAUUAACUUCCAGCUGUUGGAUCGUCACAGACAUUCUUCACCCACCGAACACCGGAGAGAGACUAAAGAUGCAGUAUCCCAGCCGCUAUCCAGACACCCCCAGCAAGGAGCAGAGGCACAGGAAAUAAGAGACUUUAGGAAACAGCAGGUCCUUAUGGUUGAGGUGGUGUGUGGUGCCCCUUGCCAUGCCUCCUGCCAUGACAGACCUCCUGGACAUAUGGGCGGCCCACUCGCCCCUGGCCGGCCACGCUCUGGACCAGGUCACUGUGGACUUUCUGCUGCCCACCGGUAUCUACAUCCAGAUGGACGUUCCACGCGAGGCCACCAUUCAGCACAUCAAACUGCUCUUAUGGAAGCAGGCUCAGUCUUUCCCACUGUUCCCCUCUCUGGGCGAGAUGGAGAGCCACAUGUUCGAGUGUGUCAACCAGGCGGCCGUGCACGAAGAGCUGGAAGACGAAACUCGCCGGCUGUGCGACGUCCGGCCGUUCCUGCCGGUCCUCAAGCUGGUGACGCGCAACUGCGGCCGAGCAGAGCGCCUGCUGGACUCCAAGAUCGGCGUUCUCAUUGGCAAGGGUCUGCAUGAACUCGAUGCCAUCAACGACCAGGAGGUGAAGGACUUCCGCAGUAAGAUGUUUCGCCUCAGUGAAGAGAGGAUGCAGCAGGUCCAGAUGAUGACGUGCAACGAGUGGCUGCAGGCCUGUUUCUCCCCUCAGCUGGAGCCCUUAGCGGGGCUCAACGACCGGCCCGCCGACCUGAAAGUCAUCAUCCACUUCGACCAGUCUCAGGAUUCUGCCAGUCUGAAGGUGCCGUCGUCCUGCACCCCCUCUGAGCUGAUGGAGCUGGCGGUGAAGAAGUGGCUGACCACCCACGGGCCCGAGGAGGAGGCGUGGCGGGGCCAGUACGUCCUGAGGGCCAGCCACUGUCUGGAGUUCGUCUGUGGAGACCAGCCGCUCAUCCAGUACAAGUACAUCCGAACAUGCAUGCAGGCCAAGGAGCCCCCCCACCUCACCCUGGUCCACACCAGCACCGUCAAGACCAUGUUCGACAAGGAAAUAUCCGCCAUCAGAGCUGUGGUGUCCCGCAAGUCCUCCAACCCACCUUUACCACUACCUCCCAAGAGAAGGGUUCCCACGCAAGUACAGACGUGUGUGUGGGACGUGUCUAGCCCGUUCAAGAUCGUCCUGGUGAACGGCAGCAAGGUGAACGCAGAGGAGACCGCCAAGGUCCAGGUGAGGGCGGGGCUCUUCCACGGCACGGAGCUGCUGUGCAAGCCGGCGGUGAGCAGCGAGAGCUGCGGCCGCUCCGACCACACGUGGAAAGACAGCACGCUGGAGUUCGACAUCUCUGUGUGCGACCUGCCGCGCAUGACACGCCUCUGCUUCGCCAUCUACGCCGUCAUGGACAAGGUCAAGAAGCAGAAGUCCACCAAAAACGCUCACAUCAACAAGUAUCAGACCAUCCGCAAAGCAGGGAAAGUGCACUACCCCAUAGCGUGGGUCAACACCAUGGUGUUUGACUACAAAGGCCAGCUGAAGACCGGAGACAUCAUCCUGCACUGCUGGUCUUCCUUUCCUGAUGAACUUGAAGAGAUGCUGAACCCGAUAGGAACCAUCCAGACCAACCCGUACACGGAGAACGCUACAGCGCUGCACAUCCACUUCCCCGAGUACUUGUCACACUCCAUCAUCUUCCCUCCCUUCGACAAGAUACUGGAAAAAGCUGCAGAGAUCGCCAGAGCAAGUGACUGCGCACCCAUGGGUCGUGGGGGUAAGAAGUUCCACAUCGAGCUGAAGGAGAUCAUGGAGCGAGACCCGCUCUCUCAGCUGUGUGAGAACGAGAAGGAUCUGAUCUGGACACUACGCUACGACUGCAGAGAGAACUUCCCUCAGUCGCUGCCCAAGCUGCUACUCUCCGUCAAGUGGAGCAAACACGAGGACAUGGCCCAGCUCCAGGCUCUGCUCCAGAUCUGGCCCCAGCUGAGUCCCAGAGACGCCCUGGAGCUCCUGGACUUCAACUACCCCGACCAGUACGUCAGAGAGUACGCUGUGGGCUGUCUGCGGGAAAUGAGUGACGAGGAGCUGUCUCAGUACUUGCUACAGUUGGUGCAGGUGUUGCGUUACGAGCCCUACUACGACUGCGCCCUCACCCAUUUCCUGCUGGAGCGCGCCCAGGGCAACCGCAAGAUAGGACACUUCCUCUUCUGGCAUCUACGGUCAGAGAUCCACAUGCCAGCUGUCUCAGUCCAGUUUGCUCUCAUGCUGGAAGCCUACUGUAGAGGCAGCAUCCCUCAUAUUGAGGUCCUAAAGAAACAGGUGGAAGCCCUCAGUAAGCUGAAGUCGGUGAACGAGCUCAUCAAGCUGGGAACCAUCAAGAACGCUCGGAGCAAGACCAAGGAGGCGAUGCUGACCAAGGAGGCCAUGAUGACGUGUCUGAGGCAGAGCGGAUACUCAGAGACGCUGUCAGACCUCCAUUCUCCUCUCAACCCCAACGUGCUGCUGUCAGGCAUCAAUGUGGAGCGCUGUCGGUACAUGGACUCUAAGAUGAAGCCGCUCUGGAUUGUUUACAACAACAAGCUGCUGCUGGGAGACACGCUGGGGAUCAUCUUCAAGAACGGAGACGACUUGAGGCAAGACAUGUUGACCCUCCAGAUUUUGAGGUUAAUGGAUCUGCUAUGGAAGGAGGCCAAUCUGGACCUCAGAAUCGUACCGUAUGGUUGCCUAGCGACGGGUGACCGGGCGGGGCUGAUCGAGGUGGUCUCCUCAGCGGACACCAUCGCUAACAUCCAGCUGACCAGCAGCAACGUGGCCGCGGCCGCCGCCUUCAACAAGGACGCGCUACUCAACUGGCUCAAAGAGAGGAACACGGGUGAUGCUCUGGAGCGGGCCAUCGAGGAGUUCACUCUGUCGUGUGCAGGCUACUGUGUAGCCACCUACGUCCUGGGCAUCGGGGACCGCCACAGUGACAACAUCAUGGUCCGCAGCACCGGACAGCUCUUCCACAUAGACUUCGGGCACAUCCUUGGCAACUUCAAGUCCAAGUUUGGCAUCAAGAGGGAGCGAGUGCCAUUUAUCCUCACACACGACUUCAUCCACGUCAUCCAGCAGGGCAAGACUGGGUACACGGAGAAGUUUGGCAGUUUCCGUCAGUACUGUGAGGAAGCCUAUCUGGUCCUGAGGAAGAAUGGGAACCUCUUCAUCACACUGUUUGCCCUCAUGCUGACUGCUGGACUGCCUGAGCUCACCUCAGUCAAAGACAUCCAGUACUUAAAGGACUCUCUGGCUCUGGGUAAAUCCGACGACGAGGCGCUGAAGCAGUUCCGCCAGAAGUUCGACGAGGCCCUGAGAGAGAGCUGGACCACCAAAGUCAACUGGAUGGCCCACAACGUGGCCAAAGACAACCGCUCCUAGAGCAGCUGGGACCCUCCACGGCCACCAGGACACAGUGAAGGAGUGUGUGAGUGUGCGGGAGGGGGAACAGGGUGGCAGCCACCCUGAUUUAAAGAAGGGAAUCUAGCAGAAUAUCCCAAACACGAGCAGAUCGGCCCCCAUGUACUGUAAACUACUCUCCAAACAGUUCAGCUCCCCUGCUGCACCCUCAACUACUGUCCCCCUCCUCACCUCGCAGCUCUGCCACGCCUCCUCCUGGAAAAAAAUCCAAAUUCAUGGUCUUUGUGACAUUUCUGUGGAAUCAUGGUGGGGGAAAAUUGCUAGUUUUGCACAGGCACAGCUGACGGAGCACACAGCCAAAGGAAGGAAACUGAAGCACCACACUAAAAAAAUAAAAUAAAAUAAAAGAGCUGUCCCGACAGAAACGGGCUGACGACAAAACCCACAACACGGAGUGGAGCGUUUUUGUCAGACGGACUAGAAACUCUGCUUGUGCGGACCGUGGUUUUAGCAGAACUGCUUGCAGAGAUAAGAGACGGGUUGGACCGGGCGGACUCGGAAAAGACUCAGAAACGUCGGACCCCCAAGUCUUAAAACAAUGUGCACAACUCAACACAGGAAGUGCAUGUAACACCCUCGCUCCCGCUGCCUCAAAGUGUGCCUCAAAACUGCGGGAAGAUUGUAUUUUUUAUGAGUUUUUCUUUUUGCCAUUUUAAGAUUUUAUCAUGAGAUGUGCCAGACUACUUUACUAGUCCACAGAGAAAACUAGUGUUAGGGAAAUAACAAUGGAAGAGAAGAGAAGAAGGCUGGAGGAGAGGAGAGGAAAGGAAAAAGACCCUGAGCCUCUUUUUUUCGGUCCACUGUUUGAAUCUCAGUUAAUUUGGACCGCUCAACACUGGAAUGUUUUCAGAAAGACACAUUUUCAACUGUCUUUUAAUGAACUAAACACUUUUAAUUCUUUUAUUUUGAAACGACAAUGCGCAUUGUUUAUUUUCAGAUUUUUCAAAUCAAGAGCAUUACUGGACAAAGUGUUAUCACCUGUGAGUUAUUAUCACUAGCCAACUUGUCUUAAAUGCUAAAGAAAACCAUGACAGAUAAAACUCACUGAGGAAUAACUUGAUGCUUUUAACACGUUAGGACCAAAACAAAAAAAAAGCAACUGUUCAGUCAUUUUAAUUGUUCAUACUGUGUUUUUAAUUAUCAGUGUCUGAAUUGAAUGUGAAAACAUGUGCCGCUCUCUUUUUAAGUGUAUUUGUUUUUAUACUGCAGGUGUGGGCGGAGUCUGGGGCCCGUGUGGGCGGGGUUUAUCAGUAGGGACAUUACACUGCGAUGCAAAGCUACUUCCUCGUUUCGACAUACGGUGCUCCUCGGCAUCUGCAUCUGUGUUUGAUUUCUGUGCAAUAUCCGAGUAUAUGAACUAUAUCUUAUAAUAUAAAACCUUAGGCCCGGGCCUAAGCCUAUAAUGGUUUCUUCUCUGUCGGUUUAUGUGUGAUGCAGCUGUACUUCACACCACUAGCCUUCAAAAGUCUCAGACACUGGAUAUUGUCAAAUGUACAGGCUUUCAUUGUUUUGCUGGUUUUUGUUUUCAUAGGAGUUUUAUUAAAGUUAUUUUCCACUGCGCUGCA